GAUUCAUUAAACAAGCGAGAAGAGAUUACCGAUUAACGCACGCCGAGUGUGCGAUACGAUCAUUGGUUUUGACAUUAAGACAAUUGUGUAUGGUAAUGUAAUUAAUGCGAUUGUUGGGAUUUUCGCACAAUUGUACAUAAGCCAACAAUGUGUGGCAAAUUAACUGAAGUUAGUAUAUGAUCAAACGAGGAUUAAGAUCAUUAAAGGUUUUCGAGGAGAUAUUUAAAUAAUAAACUCGUUAUAUAUAUUGCAACUGAGGAAAUAUAAUUUACAAACAGCGAGAGGAUGUUUCAUGAAACUAAAAGGACGAUCUACAUUCCACUAAAAGGACUUGUUUUACGAACUAACAAAAUAUUGACAAUUAUUUCAAAACAGAAUUUACAAAUGAUGACACACUCAGUGCUUGUAUUUAUUAUGCUGUCAGGACUUCUAACACCAGCUGACUGUUUCAAACUCUACCCUCUGCCGGAUACACAACUCACUGACGCUGGUUAUGAAGAAGUCGCUGGUACGCAAGGACUGACCCACCAAAGUCUACUUCGCUAUCUUAUAAAUAAAAAAGAAGAUGAGGUUUCCAUUCGGAGAAAAAAGAAAGACAAAAAUUGCUGUGUUCAAAACUUAGCCUCAUGCACCAUCGAAGAACUCCAAAUGUGUCGAGCUUUAAAGACAAUACAGGAUUGCGGAUUCGUGAGUUGGGGAAGGCCAUGUAGGAGCGUCGGAUUCCCAAUGAAAAAAAGAGGAGGUGACUUUAAUGAUGGCGAUUUCAGCGACCUCUAUAGAUUCAUUAAUGCACGAAAUGAAUUUGAGCAGCGCUAUAGCGAGGCCCGUCGAGCCAAUGCCAUGCUUUGAGCGAACUCACCGGGAGCUAUACAGGUACUCAGUUCCUGAUAAAUAUAGCGAGGUGCCGGCAGUGGAGCACAACACUUCGAUGACAGCUCGCAUGGUAAUGCAAAUGGACUCAGAACUAAAACUUCUUUACCCACGUUUACAAUUGACAAAUGA